UUCCUCACGUUUAUAUAUCGAUAUCGAUGAGGAAAAUCAGACACAUUUACAUCCCUAAGUGCAUCGCAUAUCAACAGCACCUGGUCAUUGGAGGUUGUUUCUGAGAAUCUGUAUUGUUUAUUUUCGCCGACUUGUUCUGGUAGUGACGUAUGCAGCACAGAAGAGGGGAGAGAGGGGCAACCUGUACACCGCAGAGGAUAACGACACACUUUAGUCCCGGAUGUUGAAAGAUUCAGAUAUGCCGUGGAGUCGGCCCUCUUCCGUACCCGUUGGUAAAGUCUGGUGUCGAUUCAAAGGAAGAGAUAAAAAUGGACAACCUGGUAAAAUGUAUCAAAUACGAGACAUGGAGCCAUCAGAUAGAAAGCGUUGCUUGGAUAUGAUGGAGGAUACAUUUUUGAAUGACGAACCGCUCUGUCAAAUUCUAGAUAUUAAAUCGGACAAAGAAUCAGUAACAACGAUCAGGAACAAUUGGGAGAGCUACGCUGACCAAGGGAUAUGCAUUGCUUGCUAUACGGAGAAAGAUGGCACUCCUCAAGAGCUGGUUGGCUUUAACAUUCUUGUUGUUAAGACUAUAGAUGAUAAUGAAGAGGAUAUAGAUAAUUUUGCAGGCGAGGCGUGGAGAAAACUUUUAAAGACCCUAGUGAGUGCGGAAAAUUUGGUGGAUGUCUUUGAAUAUUACGGCGUGGACAAGUACUUGACGUCUAGUGGAUUAACUGUACUGCCCGAGUACAGGGGUCAAAACAUUGGCGCGAAAAUCGUUGCGGCGAGGGAGGUAAUCUGCAAUACAUUUGAUAUAAAAGCCGCAGCGACAGUAUUCACGGCUAGAAGCUCUCAGGUGCUAGCCGCUAAGUGCGGGUACCAGCAGCUAGCCGUGCUACCCUACGAGCGUAUGUUACUUCAGGGCAUUGACCUUACCGGCUGCGACACACCGACUGCUAUACUCAUGGCAAGAACAUACUAGUCGCAAAUUAUUUACGAUAAUGUAAUAUGACGACCCAUCUGAAAAUAAUCUCAUAAGAGUUGUAACUCUUUUCGUCGACGGUUAGAUAAAUCAAUUUAUUGUUGCAGUUGUAAAU